UCUGCAAUCAACACAACAAACUAGUUGUUUUAUCGUGGACACCAUCACUGUCGACCUCUCCUUCCAUCUCCGGCCUCCUCCCCCCUCCUCCUCCUCUUCCUCAGUGAGGAAGCGUCACGACACCUCUUGAAUCCUGUGGCUUGCAAAGUGGAGACUUGGCUAGGGCUAACACGUGCGAGCUAUCUCGUUUGUGCGGGUCUAAAAUUUUCAAUCUGAAAUCAGAAGUCCCACGUGCAUUGGCUUUGUUUCCACUUGGGGAACACUUAAAGUAGCGCAACACAUUGCCGCCUCGCUGGCUUAUCCAACACCGCUCUCGCAGGAGCUGAAGCCAUUGCUGGAUUGAAGAUGAAGAGGAUGUUGGAGACUUCAGAGGUGAACCCGGUAUGCUUUUAAUGUACACAAUGUAAUGGACAUGCUGUAGCUUUGUAGACAGUGAGGCUCAUUGGGACCAGCUUGGAUCUGGUGGAGUUCCAAAGGUUCCAGUUACCCACCGGGUUCUGCCAUGGACUUCUUUAAUGAUCCCAGUCUCUUUGUUGGGGGUUUGGAAGGGUUGGAUGAGGAUGGCUUCCCUUCAGCACCAUCACUUGUGGAUGAGCUAAACCUCAGUGCUGACUUUGAGCCCCUCCAAGUGGAGCCUCUAGGCCCAGGGAAGCACCAGGACAUGUUGCCACCAGUUUCUACCCAACAAGUCAUGCCUACUUACAGUGAGCAGAUGGGUCACUACAUUGGCAUGAAGGCACAGAAUCCUAUUGGGCAGGCAUUUUCUGGUCCUGGGGGCACAGGUGGUGGAGGUGGUGGCAUGAUUGUCGAGCAACAGGGCCAGUACCACAGUGUUGCCAUGAGCCAAGUACCUCAAUCCAACGGGCUGUUCUGUAACAGUAGCAGUCCUAUGUGGGGCAACCAAGACCAGAAUGGGAAUAUGUACCACCCCGUAUCUCAGCAGCAGCAGCAGCAACAACUUUGCCAUCAGCAACAAUUGCACAACCAGCACCUUCACGUCAGACAACAACAAACACAGCAGCAGCAACACCACCCUUGCCAUCAACAACAACACGAGCAGCAGCACAGAAUGCGGCAGCAACAGCAGCAACAACAGCAGCAGCAGUUGCAGCAACAGCAAAGUCAUCAGCAGCAGCUGUUAACCCAGCGUCAGCACCAACAAAUGAACACACAGACUGUGUCUGUGCAGCAACAGCAGCAUCACAGUUUCUCCUUUCAUCAGGUAGGUCACUCUCAGCAGCAAAUAACUGUAGGAGGGCCAAGGUACCAUUCAAGGGCUCUGCCAAGUAAGUCAUACUUGGAUAAUCAGAAUACUUCUCUGAGUGGGACUUGCUUACAUCAGCAGCAGAGCAGCUACCAGUUAGCCAGGGGAGGUCAAGCCUUCUGUGGAUCAGGACCAGAAGACCCUAACCUUCGCUUUCCCAUGCAUGCAUCAUCUAUGGUUCACUCCCUGCCUACGGGCUCAGUCAGUUCUGCCACUGCUUACCAACCGGCUCAGUAUCCCGCCUAUCCUGGAGAGCCAGAAAUGCCCAGUCUCAGUCAGCGAUCUUUGUCCUCAGCCUCUGUGCCUAGGCCCACCACCAACACUGCACCCCUUACUUCUACAGUGGCUGAGCUUUCAGGGACAGUAUGUCAGUUUCCAUCACCAGCAGUUAUGAGUCAGCAGCACACUAGGGCCUCAGAGAGCCUGGCAGAGGAAUGUCCUUUCCGGGCCCUGCGUUGUUCAGGGGAAACUCAGGCAAACUGCAAAUCAUCUGAGAUGUUUGGUGAUUCUAUGAGCUGCUACCCUGGCAUGGUCAGCCAACUGCCUUCUGAGCAGCCUCAGAGCUGUGGGGCCAUCAACACUAAUGGAUAUCAAGCGUUUGGAGACAGUCUCCUGCCAUCAGAACCUCAGGAUGGAGACUUAGAGGACCUGGAUCCUCCAGACCUCCUGCCUGACCUACUGCCCCAGCUGGAGGCUGCUCUCAGCCAACAGGAGGAAUCCAACUGUUCCUGGGUCGAUUCCAACCAGGAGGGACGUGAGUGCAGGAAUCCGUCACCUGUUGAAUACAAGGAAGAGAAGCCUCGAAAGAACGCUAAUGGUCCUGGGAGCCAGGUUCGGGUUCUUAGUCCCCCAAUGAAGAGCAGCCCAUCGUCUUCCUCCUCUUCCUCGUCGUCUUCAUCCUCCUCUAGCUCCUCUUCGGAGAAGAGGGUGCCACGAAGGACGCAUCAUCAGAUGGAGUCAGAUUUACAGGACAAGCAGGAGAAGGCCAACAGGAUAAUAUCAGAAGCUAUAGCUAAGGCCCGGCAGCGUGGAGAAAAGAACAUCCCCAGAGUUAUGAGCCCCGAGAGCUUCCCCAGCUCUUCUUCACAGUACAAGACCCACCGUGACCGUGAGCACAAAGGAAACGGCAAGGCACGGCUCAAAGAGAAACCCUGUAGGAAAGCCUGCAUUGUACCCUCCUCUAAACCCAAGCAGAAGGCCAAGAUCGGGAAAAUUGUCAUCAAGAUUGGGAAGAAGAAAAAGCGAAAGCCAGAGUCUUCAGAGGAGGAGUCGGAAGAUGACCCACCCCCUCGACACACUUCGAAAGAUGUGGACUCUAAGAGGCGAUCUAACCGGCAGGUGAAGAGAAAAAAAUAUGCUGAAGAGCUGGAGGCCAGGUUGUCAGAUGAUGAAGUCAAGGUUAUUGUCAAAGCGAAGAAAACCAACACUGCAGCAUCGAAGGAGCCUGCUCUUCAACUCUUUGUAGAGAAUCCCAGUGAAGAGGAUGCUGCUGUUGUUGACAAAAUCAUGUCCUCUCGUAUCAUCAAGAAGGAGGUCUCUCCAGGAGUGGUCAUUGAAGUGGAGGAGUUUUUUGUCAAAUACAAAAACUACUCCUACCUACACUGUGAGUGGGCCACGGAGCAACAGCUGGAGAAGGACAAGAGGAUUCAGCAGAAGAUCAAACGUUUCAAGAUGAAACAAGCACAGAGGGCGCUCAUCUUUGCAGAUAUGGAAGAGGAGCCCUUUAACCCUGACUAUGUAGAAGUAGACCGAGUGCUGGAGGUGUCGUAUUGUCAGGACAAAGACACAGGAGAGGAGGUGGUGUACUACCUGGUGAAGUGGUGCUCUCUGCCUUACGAGGACAGCACCUGGGAGCUAAAGGACGACGUAGAUCAAAGCAAGAUUGAAGAGUUUGAGCAGCUGCAGGCAGUAAAGCCAGACUCUCGCAGAAUGGAACGGCCCCCAGCCAAUCUGUGGAAGAAGAGGGAGCAGUCCAGGGAAUACAGGAAUGGCAACAGCCUCAGGGACUACCAGCUAGAGGGGGUCAAUUGGCUCCUCUUCAACUGGUACAACAGACGAAACUGCAUCCUGGCAGACGAGAUGGGCCUCGGAAAGACCAUCCAGUCCAUCACAUUCCUAGAAGAGAUCCAUCGUGUGGGCAUUAAAGGGCCAUUCCUCAUUAUUGCCCCGCUCUCUACCAUUGCCAACUGGGAGCGCGAGUUUCGUACUUGGACCCAUCUAAAUGUCAUCGUUUACCAUGGAAGCAUGGUCAGCAGGCAGAUGCUCCAACAGUAUGAGAUGUAUUUCAGGGAUGCACAGGGCCGUGUUUUGAGAGGGGCCUACAGGUUCCAGGCUGUUAUCACCACUUUUGAGAUGAUCCUCGGAGGCUGUCCCGAGCUCAAUGCCAUAGAAUGGCGCUGUGUUAUCAUCGAUGAGGCCCACCGCCUCAAGAACAAGAACUGCAAGCUGCUAGAGGGCUUCAAGCUCAUGAACUUGGAGCACAAGGUCCUGCUGACAGGUACUCCUCUCCAGAACACAGUGGAGGAGCUCUUCAGCUUGCUCCACUUCCUGGAGCCGGCACGCUUCCCCUCAGAAAACACCUUCAUGCAGGAGUUUGGCGACCUCAAGACUGAGGAGCAGGUGCAGAAGCUUCAGGGUAUCCUGAAGCCCAUGAUGCUUCGUAGGUUGAAGGAGGACGUGGAGAAGAAGUUGGCUCCGAAAGAGGAGACCAUCAUCGAAGUUGAACUCACCAACAUUCAGAAGAAAUACUACCGCGCUAUCCUAGAGAAGAACUUCUCUUUCCUGGCUAAAGGAGCUGGCCAGGCAAAUAUGCCCAACCUGGUCAACACCAUGAUGGAGCUGAGAAAGUGCUGCAACCACCCCUACCUCAUCAAAGGAGCAGAAGAGAAGAUCCUGGAGGACUUCAGGGAGGUAUAUAGCCCCACUGCCAUCGACUUUCACCUGCAGGCUAUGGUACAGUCUGCUGGGAAGCUGGUCCUUAUUGACAAGCUGCUGCCUAAGAUGAAGGCUGGAGGGCACAAGGUGCUCAUCUUCUCCCAAAUGGUGCGCUGCCUGGACAUCCUGGAAGACUACCUCAUUCAGAGAAGGUACUUGUAUGAGCGGAUAGACGGACGUGUCCGUGGGAAUCUGCGGCAAGCAGCCAUCGACCGCUUCAGUAAGCCCGACUCGGAACGCUUUGUUUUCCUUCUGUGUACGAGAGCUGGUGGCCUGGGCAUCAACCUCACAGCAGCAGACACCUGCAUCAUCUUUGACUCUGACUGGAAUCCACAGAACGACCUGCAGGCCCAGGCUCGCUGCCAUCGAAUCGGUCAGAACAAGGCAGUGAAGGUGUACCGUCUGAUCACCAGGAACUCGUACGAGAGGGAAAUGUUUGAUCGCGCCAGCCUCAAGCUGGGCCUGGACAAAGCCGUGUUGCAGAGCAUGAGUGGCCGAGAUAACAGCCUGGGGGGAGGUGCUGGGGGAGGGGCAGUGCAGCAGCAGUUGUCUAAGAAGGAGAUUGAAGAUCUGUUGCGACGUGGUGCAUACGGGGCCAUCAUGGAUGAGGAGGAUGAAGGGGCCAAAUUCUGUGAAGAGGACAUCGACCAGAUCCUCCAGCGCAGGACAAAGACCAUCACCAUUGAGUCUGAAGGGCGAGGUUCCACCUUUGCCAAGGCUAGUUUUGUAGCAUCUGGAAACCGCACAGACAUCUCUCUGGAUGACCCCAACUUCUGGGACAAAUGGGCCAAAAAGGCUGACAUUGAUGUGGAUAUGGUCAACGGCAGAAACAGCUUGGUGAUUGACACUCCUCGUGUCAGAAAGCAGACAAGGCCAUUCAGUGCCACGAAGGAUGAGUUGGCAGAGCUUUCAGAGGGUGAAAGUGACAGUGACGAGACCAAACCUAAGCUCAGGCGAAACCACGACCGCCUCAACAGCUAUGGACGCACUGAGUGCUUCAGAGUAGAAAAGAACCUACUUGUUUAUGGGUGGGGUCGUUGGAAGGAUAUCCUCAAACAUGGGCGUUUUAAGAAGCAGCUGACAGAGUGGGAUGUGGAGUCCAUCUGCAGGGCCCUGCUGUCUUACUGUCUGGUCCAUUACCGUGGAGAUGACAAAAUCAAAAGCUUCAUGUGGGACCUGAUUGCCCCUACUGAGGAUGGACGCACCAAGGAGCUGCAGAAUCACCUGGGUCUAUCUGCCCCGGUCCCUCGAGGCAGAAAGGGAAAGAAGAUGAAGACCCAGUCCAGCUCUUUCGACAUCCACAAAGCCGAGUGGCUCAGGAAGCACAACCCAGAACAUAUGCUUCAGGACGACGGCUACAAGAAACACCUCAAACACCACUGCAACAAGGUGCUGCUCAGGGUCAGAAUGCUCUACUACCUGAAACAAGAGGUGAUAGGAAACCAGGCCCAGAAGGUGCUGGAUGGUGCAGACUCCAGUGAGAUAAAGAUCUGGGUGCCAGAUCCUGACCACUCUGAGUUGCCAGCCCUGUGGUGGGAUGCCAUCUCUGACAAGUGUCUGCUGCUGGGUGUCUUUAAGCAUGGUUAUGAGAAGUACAACACUAUUCGUGCAGACCCUACCCUGUGCUUCAUAGAGCGUGUGGGACGACCAGAUGAGAAGGCCAUCGCUGCUGAACAGAGAGGCAAUGAUUUCAUGGAUGGUGAUGUGGAUGAUCCAGAGUACAAGCCUGCUCCAGCCCUGCUGAAGGACGAUAUGGAGGAUGACGCCUCUUCCCCUGGAGACUUAGUUGUCACUGACAGCGCCGGAGAUGCAGUUCCACAGACAGGCGAAACCAUCUACUGGCCCUCAUCCUCAGUGCUGACAGCCAGGCUGAGGCGUCUGAUCACAGCCUCUCAGCGCUUCACCAAGAGCCGGCAGAUCCUCCAAAUCCACCAGACUCAGUCUCAGUCCCAGCAGACCAUGAUACUGUCUGCCCCACUCUGCCCUCUGCCCUCCACACUCAACGACACCCUCAACCCCAAGAUGGCUGCUAAGAUUGAACGCCAGCAAAGAUGGACCAGGCGAGAAGAGGCUGACUUCUAUCGUGUGGUCUCCACUUUUGGUGUUGUUUUUGACCCAAACCUCGGCCGGUUCGACUGGACGAAGUUCAGGGCCAUGGCUCGGCUGCACAAGAAGACUGACGAGAGCCUGCAAAAAUACCUGUGUGCUUUCACCGCCAUGUGCCGAAGGGUGUGUCGCCUGCCACCCAAAGAGGGAGACUCUGCAGUGGAUCCAUCUCUGAACAUCCAGCCUAUCACAGAGGAGAGAGCGUCUCGUACCCUGUACAGAGUAGAGUUGCUUCGCCAAGUGAGAGAACAAGUCCUUCGUCAUCCAUUACUUUACGAGCGCCUGUCUCUGUGUCAGAUGAGCUCUGACUUGCCCAUCUGGUGGGAAGCUGGUACCCAUGACCGUGACCUUCUAAUCGGUGCUGCUAAGCAUGGCGUCAGCCGUACAGAUUAUCACAUUCUGAGAGACCCUGAGCUCAGCUUCAUGGCCGCCCAACGCAACUACAGUCAAACAAAAUCGGCGCAGCAGCAAUCACGCACAUCAACCCCGCUUCUACACCCUCAGUCUCAGGCCACAAGCUCGGUGUUGACUGGCUCUCCACAGCCUCCACCCACCCAGAGAAACACAGAGCCUUGUGGAAUUGUACCCAAAGAGGAGCCUGCCUCAGAGGAGGAGGAGUGCAGGGAGAAGCAGGGUGAGAGUUGGAGCCCUCCUCAAGCACCAGCUACUCCCACAGGUCUGGAGGAGAAGCCUGUGUCUGAGACAGGGGACAGCGAGAGGCAGAUGGUGGCAGCACGAACCAAACCUCUCACACCAAACUCUUCUGAGAGGAAACCCAAGAAGGCUAGCAAACGGGCCCGGAGAGAGGCGAGGCGUGGCUCAGAGUCCGACUCAGAUGGCUCUUCUUCAAGCUCUUCAUCACGCUCCUCUUCCUCUUCUUCCUCUUCGUCUUCUUCCUCGUCACAUUCUGGGUCCAGCUCCUCCUCCUCUUCAUCGUCCUGCUCCUCUGGCUCUUCAUCAUCAUCGUCCUCCUCUUCAUCAUCUUCUGAUGACAGUGAAAGUGAGGGAGAGGAAAGGAAGAAGAAAGUGCCUGCAGCAGCAACUGUCAAGGGCUUUGAUGAGGACAGUGUGGCAUCUCUGAGCACUACACAGGAUGAAACACAAGUGGCUGAGAAUGGCAUCACCAACAACUCCUCACAUCCUUUCCAAGGAGGAGGGUACAUGCUCGCUGCAUCCUAUUGGCCAAAGGAUCGUGUUAUUAUUAACCGCCUGGACAGCAUCUGCCAAGCAGUGCUGAAGGGCAAGUGGCCUGGAACGCGUCGGGUCUACGAGCCUGGAGGUGCAGUGGCCUCCUUCUACACCACCAAGCUGCUGGACAACGCCAACAGCCUGUGCGAGGACCCCUCUGCCUCGCCACAGGGGUCAAAGGUGACCAAGCAUGUUGCAGAAAACAAGGAGUUCUCAGUAAAACUCAACGACCAGGAGGGAGGUCUGAAGUUGACCUUCCAGAAACAAGGUCUACCUCUGAAAAGGCCCCUGGAGUCAGAAGAGGGGCCCCAGGCACAGCAGCAGUACCUGGCCCGGCUUCACGAGUUACAGAGCGCCUCGGACACAGGACUGGCUGACAUCACUAAGCCUCAGUGCAGCUUCCAGGCUGUGCCUGCAGAUUUUACUGGUCAGAUGAGGCUGAACGGCGCACUGGACAGCCAGCCAGUGGUUAAGAAGAGGAGGGGAAGGAGGAAGAAUGUUGAGGGGAUGGACCUGCUCUUCAUGAAUAGGAGUAGAGUCCCUGCUGUUCCUGAUCAGGUGCCUCAAGGGUGGGGUGGUAUUGGCCAGGUGGGCAUGGCUGUGGCCCCUGUGCUGAGCUCCAGUCAGGUCCCCGGAGAUAUCGAGAGCAGGGUCCCUGUCAUUAACCUUAAAGAUGGCACUCGGCUUGCUGGGGACGACGCUCCCAGGAGGAAAGAUCUUGAUCAAUGGCUAAAAGAGCACCCUGGCUUUGUGGCAGACACAGGAGCCUUUAUCCCUGGGGUAAAUAAGAUGCAAAUGCAGUUCCACUUCCAGGAUGGUCGUCCCAAGCAGAAGAGGCACCGCUGCAGGAACCCAAACAAGAUAGAUGUGAACAGCCUGACAGGAGAGGAAAGGGUCCAGAUCAUCAACAGGAGAAAUGCACGCAAGGUUGGAGGAGCCUUUGCUCCUCCUCUGAAGAAUCUGUGCCGAUUCCUUCAGGAGAAUCCCGAAUACGGAGUCCCACCUGAAUGGGCUGAUGUUGUCAAACAGUCGGGUUACCUCCCGGAAAGCAUGUUUGACAGGAUCCUGACGGGACCCAUCGUUCCUGAGGAGGUGAGCCGGCGUGGACGUCGACCUAAGAAUCCUCUGGCCAAGGCGGCAGCUGCGGCAGCGGCAGCAGCGGCGGCGGCGCCCAACCCAGCAGCGUCUGCCCUGGGUCUGAACCCCCUGCUGGCCAACGGCCUACUCUCUGGAAUGGACCUGACCAGCCUGCAGGCCUUCCAGCAAAACCUCCAGAGCUUACAGUCCCUGCAGCUCACCACAGGCCUGAUGGGGCUGCCGUCCGACACUAGCAACAUGGCAGCAAGUAACUUAGCUGCCAUGUUUCCCAUGAUGCUGUCUGGUAUGGCUGGGUUACCAAACUUGCUUGGCAUGAGUAGCUUGCUUGGGAAGCCUGCUCAGGAAGGCACAGGAAGCUCUGAGGAGAAGACAACGGGAACCUCCAGCGGUGCAUCAGGAGAGCCGUCUGCCUCUAAAGCACCGCCUCACACCUCAGACACCAAAGGAGAAAGGACAGAGGGCUCGAACAUGACUCCUUCCUCCACUUCCAGCUCCAGUUCCUCUGCCACCGCCCCACAAAGUGCUUCAACUGCAUCUGCAGCCUCCAGUCACCCACUGUCUCUUAACCCCUUGUUACUCUCCAGUAUGCUUUACCCAGGGAUGCUUCUCACUCCAGGCCUUAACCUUCCUGUGUCUGCCACACAGCCACAGAGCUCAAACAGUGACACCACCCCUCCUCCUCAGAAUGCCUCUCAGUCGUCGCCACAGGAGACAGAGCGGCCAGCGGCAGAGAAGGAUGGAGAGGAGGAUGACGAGGAGUUAGGAGAGGCUUUGGACGAAGAAGAAGAAGAAGAAGAGUCAGCAGAACAAAAAGAAAACAGCGGUGCUGAAGGUUCGGGGAAAGCCGAGUCAUCUUCAUCGGAGUCUGGGAGCUCUUCUUCCUCAUCAGAUGAUUCAGACUCCAGUGAUGAGGACUGAUUCAAUGAAUAUAUAAUUAUAAAUUUAUUUAUGUAUUGCCUAGAAAUGUAUACAUAUAUUCACAUAUAUGGAUUUUCCAGCACUUAUGUUGCGAUUUCUUUACAUGUAAAUAUAAGAACUAACUAAAAUGUUGUGUAAUAAAGACUACAAAAAUCUAACAAAAAAAAGAGUAAAAACUGACUUAAAAGCAACUGAAAUAAAAUUUCAGUUUUUGUUCACAAGGUACAGUCUUGUUUUGAGACAUUUUGCAUGUCAGACUUUAGUAGAUUUCUGAUCUCUGUGAACUUGUACCACACAAUUAUGUACAAUUGCAACAAAAACAGGCAUUAUUGUAAUUAUGUCAGGAUUUAAUUUUAUUAAAAAAAGUGAAACUACAUCAACAUGCUCGUUGAGCUGUACUAUUAAUAUAUUUUGAUUGUUGGGGAUUGGGAGAAUGACACUUGACAAAAACUUUGGUUUCUCUUGUAAAUAUUCAGUACUUUCACAGGUUUGUUGACACUUAUGCUUUGCAGAUCAUACGUUGGAUAUGUCAGCAAUAACUUGGGCAGCUAAUGAAUGUCACUGAAGCUGUAGAUUCUUUGUCCGCCAUGUUUCCACCCCAGUGCACAACUCACACAGACUCACUUUCCUGUCACUUACCUUCAAAUCAUUUUGUAGAGUUUAUUUCUGCACUCACUUGCAUCCUUAUUGGAAGCAGAAUUACCUGAAGCUCCUUCUGUAACAAGGCUUCAACUUGGGGUAAAUCUGUACAAGUAUUAUUUUUUCAAUCAAACACAUCAAACUUAAGCUUAAGUCAUUCAAAAUGGGCCAUAAUUCUAUUGUCUGCUGAGAUUUCUUUUUUGAGAGGUUUCAUUUUUCACAUGAAAUCUCAUUUUUGAAACUCAUUUUCACCAUCACCUUACAAACAUGUUACAAAAUGUCCAAGGUGCACUUUAGCUACUCACAGUAAGCAUAUACUUUCACUUGCACAUCUGUUGAUUCUGACUACAGUGUCAGAGUCUAAUAAACUCCUUGAGCUGUGGGGACAGAAAACAACGUUUUACUGUGUGCCAAAAAACUGCCCUUUGACCCUGUGAGGUCCUGACAGAGUUUAGUUGUCUCUGUGUUGAGGAAGAUUCGGGAUUCUUGAAGAAAUGGAUAUUAUUACUACAACCCCAGCGUAUUUGACUGCAUUUUACCUCAACUGUGCUAAAUGGAUUGGCUUCACUGUGCACAUGUACAUGUACAUGGGAGUGGUUUCUUGCUGUCCAUGUACUUAAUGUCCUUUUUUCUGCUGGAAUGUGUGUGUUUGAGCUCACUUUUACUGAGAGCUUCCACUGUGUUAUCUUGUUUGGCUGGACUCCUCAUCUCACCCAGUGUAUCUACUGCUUACAUAACUUUCCGUUUCUGACUGUUGUGUCUUAAGGGGGUGGGGGGGGCUUGUAAAUUAUGACUAGUUGAAAACACAUUACAGUGUUUUAAAUCUUUAAACAUGUCUCAUUAGAAAUAUGGAAAAAAUUACACUCCUUUGGAUGCUGUGUUGCAUGACCACCUGUCUACCAAAGUCUUACAGAUCACACUUGGUACAAGCACAAAAUAGUUCAAAUCCAGGCUAAGAUUGUAGUAAAUGUCAUCGUAUUUGAGUAUUAAAUUUUCAAACACAUUUUUAGUCAGGCUAGCUUUAGAAAAGGCUAAAUAAUAGCAGCUUGUGUUGCUGGGAGUUUGCAGCUUGGUUGCGUGUGUUUCACUUUGUUCUUGACUCUGUUGUGCUGAUGAAUGGAGCUUCAGCUAGAUGUAGAAGUGCCCUUAUCCUGUACCUCACUCUCUCAUUCACCUUCUAUUUGACAGACUACUCAGAUUCAGUCUCCAUGUUUGUGCAUUUUUGUUCAUCAUCUCUGCACAUGUUCAGCAGUAACCCCAAUACACAUAAACACUGGAACACUGGUCAAGCCGAAGUACCUUUUGUAUCUUUCUCUAGGCACAGCAGUGCUUGCUCUAGGACUGCUGUUACACAGUGGACUGUUAGACACACGUUUCAAAAUUAUUUCCUUAGUGAGGUUUCCAUCUGGACUGGGGGCGACAUAGCACUCCUCCUGUGUUGGAGAAACCCACUGAAUUAACUCAGUUUGUUUAACUCUUAAGUAUUGCUGUAGCAUCGUUCUCUAGUGGGUGAAACCAUGAACAGACCAGUGGCUGAAGACACAUCUGAUUUAUAAUGUUGCUUUAAAGUGGUUUUCUUGUAUGCCUGUUAUAUAUAUAUGUGUGUCUCCCAUAUAUAUAUAUAGACCUCGACAUGGGUUUUGCUUGCAAUGCAAAUGCAUUUUUUAAUAUUACUAACAGUACAGUAUUUUUCUAUGUCUGAGCAAUGAACUUAAACAUGCCAUUGUCAUUUUGUAUAUCUGCACCCCUGCUCUCUUUAAACUUGUAGUGCCCUUAUGCAAACACCCAGCCAUUGCUAUUUCUGCUCUAAGUGAUUGAUCUAACAAUUUUUGCUUUACUCUUUGUUGCCCCACAGCGAUGGGUAGAUGGAUUGAAGACUGCUGAGCCUCUUUAGGACACAAAUGGAAAAAAAAUGGUGGACAUAGGAUUGGACUUUUUGCUUUCAUUUUGCUUCUCUUUUCAUAUUUUGUUUUCUUUAGGUCGUAUUGUAUGAGGACUCCCAAUGCACUGCUAUUAUUAGGGAAGCAGUGUUGAAUCUGCGCUUUAACACCGACACAAGUAAACCAUGCCCGAUAUGCAAGAGGAAUGACAAAACACACUACUGCUGUACAGGGAGGUUUUCUUUCCGUUUUCUUAUGUGUAAUCACUGAGAUGACAAAACUAACAUCAUGAGUUUUGUGGGUUUUUUGGGGGGGGGUUGGGGGUUCUGAAGCUUGAUAAUAUUCAAUUGUCACCCUGGUCAGUUUUUGUCUUCUUUUUUUUCAUUGGAAAGUUGUAAUAUUUGCAAAUUGUGGUCUGUGUAGUUAAAAUAAUUCUUUAUGUAGUGCAGGAAACGCAUCUUAAAAGUCAUUUGUAAUUUAUUGGAUUACUUUCUAUGAAGUUCUAUAGAGGAAAUUGAGGUUUAAUUAUUUUUAUUAAACAUAUUCUUCUGACUAUCAA